UUUCUAGAAGAAACCACAACCCACAUUUCACAGUCAAAACUGUCGUUUUGGGAAGUCUUUCUAGUUUCUCCAUAUCCUGAUAGAAAAUCCACCAGUGGGAUUAAAUACCUAGAAUAACAAGUAUUUUCCUAGGAUAUAGCAAGACCUGUCUAUUAAAGAUGACAUCACCAGAAAACAAACCUUCGUUGGAGCAACCCCCAAGCUACAGCACAAUUGCUCCUUAUGCUCCACCAGACCAGUAUCCCCCAGUUGCUCAACAUUUGACUACCCCUAUAAAAGGUGCAAUUCCUGGAUCUGAAUUCCUAACUCAGAUAAACCAGUUAUCCAUACGGGAGAAAUUUAAAGUAUCUCAGGGUUGGGGACGUUCCUUUGAUGUUCUGACUUCAGAUGGACAGAGGAUCUUCCAGGCAGAGCAGAAUGCUCAUUGCUGUGGUCCACUCUUUGAUGUAAACAUUCGAGACAACAGCGGGAAUGAGGUGAUGGUAUUCAUGGACAGCUGCAAGUGUUCCUGCUCUAGAGAGAUGGAAGUUUACUGGCCCCAGGGUCACACUGUAGGUUACGUCACGGUGCACUGGAACCAGAUGGUCACCCACAUGUCUGUGCUGAACUCUACAAAACAGACUGUCCUACUCAUCCUUGGACCAAGUUUUCGCAGUGCCAUCUUCGGGAGUUCAUGCUUUGAGGUGAAGUCCACAGAUGAGCAGCACGUGGUGGGCGCUAUCCGAAACGAGAAUGAAAGUGUCACUGUCUCUUUCCCGUUGGAUCUUGAUGUGGCCAUAAAGGCAGUGUUACUUGGAGCCUCUUUCUAUCUGGAAACAAUUAUUUACCAUCAGAGGAGAAAUGUACAGAGGCAAAGACGAAGAACCUAAACAUCCAGAAAUGAUGAGAUCCACGCUACAUACUUUAUCCUCAUCUCCUUUCAUAUAACUCAUGUUAAUUACCAUUGUGCCUACAGCAUAUGGUAUGGCAUCCAUUAUCCAUAGACCUGUUAUCCACAAAGCUCUAAAUUACAGGAAGGCCGUCUCCCAUAGACUCCAUUUUAAUCAAAUAAUUCACAUUUUUUUAAAAAAAUUUCCUUUUUCAGAGUAAUAAUAAAACAGUAGCUUGUUCUUAAUCCCGACUAAAAUAUAAUUAAUCCUAAUUGGAAGCAAGACCUGCCUAUUGGGGUUAAAUAAUAUUUUAAUUAUUUUUUUUUGUAGACAAGGUACAGUGAUCCAAAUUAUGGAAAGACCCCUUUUCUGGAAAACCCCAGGUCCCAAGCAUUGUGGAUAACAGGUCCCACACCUGUAUACCUGCUUCUGUAUGAUAUAUUUUCUAUAUAAUCCUGAACCCGCUGCAGCUAUAUAACAUAUACCAGUGAUUUAUGAGAUUUAUACCACUGCACUUCCAGGUUUUAUUCUAUAUACUGUAUACCACUAUUCCUACAGGGUCUGUUUUCUAGAGUAAAUUGUAAAUUGCAUUGCAAUUACUUCACUGAACUGAUAUGGCAGGAGUAUCUCAGUGUGUGAAACUUUGAAAAGUUGUAGCAAAUAAACAGGUAACUGUAUAUAAA